AUGGAGAGCCACCGAAUCCCGGACACAGCAAUAACAGCUUCUUCUGAGCGAAUCUAUUAUCUCCGAGCAUCGCAGGGCAGACUGCACAUGCGCUCUUUCUUUCCUUGGUUACCAGCAGGCUGGUCAGCGGCUGUCUCUAACAGAAAGCAGUGGCUUGAGAUCAACCUGGCUGUGAAAACAAGAGUGACAGGAAUCGCCACACAAGGACUGAGCAGCAGGUGGUCACCUGACCAAUGGGUUACUAGUUACCAGGUUUCUUAUAAAGAUGAAGUUAGCAACCAGCGGACGUUUUAUGGGCAACGAGGGCAGGUGAAGGUAUUUCUUGGCAACACGAAUGCGGACACUGUCGUUAUGAACCAGGUUGACCCCGCUUUUGUAGCUGUUCAUGUCAGACUUCAUCCUCAAACGUGGCACCGUUGGAUCUCUAUGAGAGUGGAGCUGUUUGGCUGCCCAGCUAACUCUUCCCCAGUCUCCUCGUGUUUUCUGGCUGUUGGUCUGGAAGACAAACGGAUACCUGACUUGGCUUUCUCAGCGUCAUCGACUCUAACUCGAGCACACUCUCCAUCACGUGCUCGACUCCACAUUCAAGUAAGAAACCAGCAGGCGGCAGGCUGGACUCCAAGACUAGACGACCGCACACCAUGGUUACAAGUAGUCCUGGGAACGAAGAUGAUAAUAGCUGGAAUUGGGACCCAGGGCGGACGCUACUUCUGGUGGUCUAUGGGUGGCUGGGUUCUUAAGUUCAAAGUGUCCUUUAAGAUCAGCGGUGAAGGGUGGCAAAUUUAUGGAAAGAAUACUUUAGAGGAGGAGCUGGUUGGUAACAGUGAUGUCAACUCGCUCGUGAUCAACAAAUUUUCUCAACCGUUCGUAGCUCGCUUUGUUCGCAUCUAUCCCAUCUCACAGACAACAUUUGGGUAUUUAAGACUGGAAUUUUACGGCUGCACAGGUAAAGAUGACUGUUCUAGUUCCCCAUGUAAAAACAAUGCCACGUGCACAGAUCACGUGAACAGUUAUAGCUGUAUCUGCGUAACCGGAUUUACUGGAAAGACUUGUGAAACAGAAAUCGACGAAUGUUCAAGUUCACCUUGUCAAAACAGCGGAUCAUGCCGCGACCACUUGAAUGGAUACAGCUGUUUAUGCCGCACAGGUUUUACGGGGAGGAACUGUGAAUCAGAUAUCGAUGAAUGUUCCAGUUCUCCUUGUCAGAACAGUGGAUCAUGUGUUGAUCGCGUGAAUGGCUUUAGUUGCGCGUGCUCCUCGGGAUUCACUGGGAAGACCUGUGAAACAGGUUAG